ACUGUUUCAGCACUUUAUAAAAAGCAAUGGCGUCUUUCCCAUCAGGUUGGUUUUACAUUCAAUCGAAAUGCUCGCAUAAAAUGGUGCUUGACGUCAGUUACGAUUCUCUAAAGGCGGCAGCAAGAGUAGUUGUAUGGCCUAGAAAGCCAAAGGAUUGCGAUAAUCAAUUAUGGAUGUAUGAUAAUGGGUACCUCAUCAAUAAAAACUCAGGAAUGGUUUUAGACGUACAAGGAGGCAUAUUGGAGAACGAUAAACAGAUCAUACAAUAUAAAAGGAAAAUGAUUGAAGAUGCACAUAAUCAGAGAUGGUUCUACCGAGAAGAUGGAUUUAUAUACCCUCAAACUACACCAAACCUCGUCCUGGAUAUCCGAGGAAAUUGGACGAAACCAGGAACUGUCGUAUUACUUUACAAUAGGAAAUAUGAAGACAAUUUUAAUCAGUUGUGGGAUCUCAUACCCUAUGAAACAGUAGAUCCCCUUUCUUCACCUUCAGCACAUGGUUCAAUACAUUUAAAAAGUAAUGAUAGUGACGGCAAUGAAGAGGAAGAAUAUGCGUUUAGUUCAGCAAGCUAUGCUUUAUAGACACUUAGAUAUACACUUCUCUCCCUUCUUUUUAGCAUAAAUAUUGUUAACAUCGAAGGAUCAGUGUUGAAAUUGUAUAUUGCAUAUACAUGAAUAUAAUAAUGUUCUUAACAAUCAGGCAUUCCAACUACCAUGUCGAGCUAAAUGGUUUAAAUUCAGUUGAACAAGCGCAAAAGAGCAUUUAAAUAAACUAUGAAUAGCUAUAUAUUUGUUUGUGAAACCAACCGCCUAUGACAAUACUGCUGCUGCAUUAGACUUUUCGUUGCCCGACAUUUGUCACUUCGGACGCGGUUAAGCUGAAUUGUGGAGUCGCGCGUAAAUUUACAUUUUCAACUUUUAAACUUUUCC